AUGUCUAGUCAGCGUCUUGUCCUAGGCCUCCCACGUGUCUUGCCGUCGCUGCCGCCUUCGCUUGCGCCGCCGUGUCGUCCCUGCGUCGAGGGUAGGUUGCGCGCCACCUCUCACUCCUCCUCCCUUCGUCCGGCCACCGAGCCUUUUGAGACGCUUCACUUGGACGUCUGGGGCCCAGCCCCUCGUCUAGGCCCUGAGCGUGAGCGUUACUUUCUGGUGGUCGUUGACGACUUCUCCCGCUACACCACAGUGUUCCCUCUGGCGAAGAAGUCUGAGGUGACUUCUACGCUGAUCAGGUGGUUGCUCACCACUGAGGACACUCGUGGUCGUCGUGUCAGCUGUCUCCACUCCGACCGUGGGGGUGAGUUUCGCUCCGGCAUUCUCGCUGGAUUCUGUCGCGAGCAGGGCAUUCGUCAGUCCUGGACGCUUCCAGAGUCCCCACAGCAGAAUGGGGUUGCUGAGCGCCGCAUAGGCCUGGUCAUGGAGAUCGCCCGCACCUCCCUGACUCACGCCUGUGCCCCCCAUUUUCUGUGGCCCUACGCGGUCAGGUACGCCGCGCACCAGCUGAACCUCUGGCCACGUGUCUCUCGACCAGAGGUUUCACCGACCAGUCUUUGGACAGGGUCCCCUGGUGUUGCGUCGCGGUUUCGUGUCUGGGGGUGCUUGGCUCUUGUCCGCGACACCUCCGCGGACAAGCUCUCGCCUCGUGCCGUCCCCUGUGUCUUCCUUGGUUUCCCUGAGGACUCCUCUGACUUCACCCUUUACCACCCUCCCUCUCACCGGUUCUUUGACUCCCGUGACGUCCGUUUCGAGGAGUCCACUCCGUACUACGUCAGGUGUGUCCCAGGCUACCCCUCCUCCUUCGGUAGCCCCUCCGAUACAGCCUCCCUCCCCACAGUCCUCCUCGCAGCGUGCCGCUGGUGCUAG